UAUCGAAGAUCAUUGUGGAAUCUGCAUCAGUCCGUGACGAUUGCUUGUUCCGUUUGCACGGUUCCUGUUAUUGGAGACAGUCAAUUUAUUUCAUUUAUAUAAUGACAAUUAAUAAAAAAACAAAUUCGUCUAUUGAACUUGGUCAAUACAAUGGAGUUACCAAAGAUAUUAACGGAUCAGAAUCUUCAAAUGAUAUUAGAAAUUCUGACAAAAUUAAACCAUAUUUACGAGAAGAAACUAUGAGAAAAAUAAAAUCGAUCGCUGGACAUGUUGGACUUUUAAUUACAUUGAUGCUUUAUACGGCAGCCGGUGGUAUGGUAUUUCGACAGAUCGAACUACCGGCGGAAUUAGCAAGAUUAGAAAGAUUACGUACUAAGUUACGUACGCAAAGAUACAGAUUUCUCGAUACGAUUUCUAACAAUACCGAUGUUACCAACUUGAGAACUCUGGUGAAUGUAAAAUUACGAGAAUACGAGGAGGCAAUUCAAGAAACUGCCGAAGCUGGUAUGUUGGUCAGUUUUGUUACGGAAGCUAUAGAACAGGAUGAUCGAGGAUUAAUUGAGUUACCACCGAUUUCUACCGAUCGCUGGAGCGUCCUUCAAGCUGUAUUUUUUGCGAGCACGGUUCUCACAACAAUCGGCUACGGUAACGUAGUACCAUCAACGAAUUAUGGAAGAAUCUUUUGCAUACUCUUCGCCAUCAUAGGAAUUCCUUUAACUUUGACGGUAAUCGCUGAUUGGGGCAAACUUUUCGCCGAGGCUGUCGUCCAGUUAACCGUAAUAGCAAAAUCGAGAUUAUCAUUUAUAACAGCUACACCAUGCUUCACCAUGAAUCUAGCCGGAAGGAGAUCAGUUGGCGCAGUCGCAGCGGUCGCAUUACUUUUCGUAUAUUUGGCGUGCGGUGCAGGUAUGUUCAUGCUUUGGGAAGACGAUUGGGGCUUUUUCGAAGGAUUUUAUUUUUGUUUCGUGACGAUGACAACCAUAGGAUUUGGCGAUCUUGUUCCAAAGAAGCCAAAGUAUACGUUACUGUGUACCUUAUACAUCCUGGUGGGCUUAGCAUUGACCAGUACUAUCAUAGAACUGGUAAGAAGACAGUACGCUCAAUCUUGGAGAAGAUUGCAAGCAUUGAGCGGACCAUUGGCAGAAACUAUACGGAAAUUGGGUGAACAUGCUGGCGGUGAUAUGUCUGCUCUUCAUUCUGAUCUCAGAAAAGUAUUAACGGUGGUCUCGAUGCCACGAUUAAAAUGGUCACAAUCGGAUAGAUCUGAUUCCAAAGAAAAAGAAUGGGAAGAAGCUGUUGAAGCUGUAUUACGAGAUAUCGCAGCAUCCGCUACGGCAACACCUCCGAAAAAACCAAUCGUACAAAUCGUCGUUUACGAAUCGAGCGUUUAAAUAAUCUUGAAAAAUUUUGAUCUAAUUCAUUGCAAAUAUAAAUUCGAUAUUUUAGAAAGAAUAAAUUUAUGUAGAUCGACGAUUCGAUAUUAUAAAUAGUAACAAGUAGAAAAUUAAUAAAAACAAAAAAACAGA